AGAGAAUUAGAUGAUGGAAUAGAAAAAUGGAGAUCCAGAGAAAAAGCAGCUCUUCAGCUUAUACUUCCUGUCGGUAGCGUCUCUGUGUUCCUCCUCUACUUCCUCCUCGCUCUGUUUCUCUACCAAUCUCUCCUCCUCCGGGACACCAAGACAAGCGCAUGAAGACAAGCCUCUACAUCUCUACUGCAACUGUUUACAAUCUCCAAUUAGCCGUUCGAAGUUCGAACACCGAAGCUCUUGUUACAGUCUCAGAGUUCUUUCCUAAGCUCUCAGAUAAGUACAGAAUGAAAAUGUUUGGAUGUCUGCUGUCCCUACUCUGCUUUCUUGUCAUGGCCCCGUCCAUGAAUUCUUGGUCUGCCGCCACUGAUGUGGAAACGUGUGCUGGGACGGUAGCCAUGAGAUACCGGAACGACAAGAUCUCGAUAACCGAUUUUGGAGGUGUGGGUGACGGCCGCACAUUGAACACACUGGCCUUUCGGGCGGCGAUAUUUCGUAUUCAACAUCUCAGGAGGAGAGGCGGUACACUACUCUACAUCCCUCCUGGCGUUUAUCUCACGGAGAGCUUUAACCUUACCAGCCACAUGACUCUGUACCUGGCUGGGGGUGCUGUAAUUAAGGCUACUCAGAACACAUGGAACUGGCCCUUAAUUGCUCCCUUACCCUCUUAUGGAAGGGGCAGAGAACUACCUGGCGGGAGGUACAUAAGUUUUAUCCAUGGGGAUGGGGUUCGUGAUGUAGUAAUUACAGGUGAAAAUGGUACUAUUGAUGGCCAAGGUGAUGUUUGGUGGAAUAUGUGGAGGCAAAAAACCCUUCGGUUCACGAGACCAAACCUCAUUGAGUUCAUGCAUUCGAGACACAUCAUCAUUUCCAAUGUGAUCUUCCAAAACUCUCCCUUCUGGAACAUUCACCCUGUUUAUUGCAGCAAUGUUGUUAUUCGAUAUGUCACCAUUUUGGCUCCACAUGAUUCUCCCAAUACAGAUGGAAUUGAUCCAGAUUCAAGCUCCAAUGUUUGUAUAGAGGACUCCUACAUUUCUACAGGGGAUGAUUUGGUGGCAGUAAAGAGUGGGUGGGAUGAGUACGGUAUUGCAUAUGGACGACCUAGCUCUGGAAUCACCAUCCGGCGGAUCACAGGCUCAUCCCCUUUUGCUGGAAUUGCAAUUGGAAGUGAAGCCUCUGGUGGUGUGGAGAACGUCUUGGCUGAGCACAUAAACCUCUACAGCAUGGGGAUUGGCAUCCAUGUGAAGACAAACAUUGGUAGGGGAGGGUUUAUAAAAAACAUUACAGUGUCAGAUGUGUACCUGGAGAAUGUUCGGACGGGAAUCAAGAUCUCAGGUAAUGUUGGCGACCACCCAGAUGACAAAUUCAAUCCGAACGCACUCCCAUUGGUCUCUGGGAUCAGGAUCAACCAAGUGUGGGGAGUGAAGGUUCAGCAGCCAGGGUUAAUACAUGGCAUUAGGAAUUCACCUUUUACUGGGAUAUGUCUCUCUAACAUUAGCCUUCAGGGUGUGCCUGGGCCAACAACUACUCCAUGGAAGUGUUCUGAUGUAAGUGGUGGUGCUUCUGGGGUCAGUCCCUCACCGUGCGUAGAACUGAUCAGCACCCAUGACAGUGGUUCUUGUUCAAUCUCUUACUGAUGUUUGUCUGGACUAUAUCAAUUCUUCUGGUAGUCCUGUUGAAUGGCCAUAUGCAACUCAAGACUGACUUCUAAGAAAUUUUAUUGUGCCUAUUCAUCAGGACUACCUUUUUUCUUGUCUUCGUCCCUUUCCCCCCUCAUUUUUUCAUGUGCAAACGCUAUAUUUUAUUUAACCACAGAACAAAGAAAAUCAUUUAAGUUAUUACA